AUGGAAGUUAAAGCAAGUGUAACAAGCAACUCAAACAUCACCACCAUGCUCCAAAGUGAUGAUGAUGAAAUGGAUCUUCGAAGAGGUCCAUGGACUGUUGAUGAAGAUCUUGCUCUCAUCAAUUACAUUGCAACUCAUGGUGAAGGUCGUUGGAAUACCCUUGCUCGUUCAGCUGGACUCAAACGAACCGGAAAGAGCUGUAGAUUGAGAUGGUUGAAUUAUCUUCGACCAGAUGUUCGUCGAGGUAACAUCACACUAGAAGAACAACUUUUGAUUCUUGAGCUUCAUAGUCGUUGGGGAAAUCGAUGGUCGAAAAUUGCUCAAUAUUUACCUGGAAGAACCGAUAAUGAAAUAAAGAAUUAUUGGAGAACUCGUGUUCAAAAACAUGCUAAACAACUUAAAUGUGACGUAAAUAGCAAGCAAUUCAAAGAUGCAAUGCGCUAUCUUUGGAUGCCAAGGCUAGUGGAGCGAAUCCAAGCUGCCGCAGCAUCCACUUCCACUGCCCCAGCCACCACCAUUAAUAAUGGUUCUCCGAAUGUUACAACAACGGUCGUCACAAACAACUCGACGUACAAUGUUAACGACAAUUCCAAUAUUCAUAACUCGAAUGCAAACAUGAUGUUAACUCCAACAAUCAUGAACACGAACAAUUUAGGUUGUUUGCAUGUAGCACAAAGUUUUACACCGGAAAAUAGUAGCAAUGGUGCGACGGCCGCGUCAUCGGAUUCGUUCGGGACACAAGUUUCGCCUAUUUCGGAUUUAACUCAAGAUUAUUACAAUGUCUCUAUUGGUGGUAACAACAAUAUUAACCCUAAUUCUGAUUAUUACCAACAAUCUCAUCAAUUUGGAUUUUCAGAUUGCAUCACUAGUCCAUCAGGUUUGUUCCCUCAAAUGGAUUUCAAUAGUUCAUUGGAACCAAACACACCUUGGAUUCAAGGGGACACAUCCGACAAUUUCUGGAAUGUUGAAAACAUGUUGCUCUUACAACAACUCAAUGACAACAUGUUAAAAUAA